CUUCUUUGUCGCUCCAGUUCCCAGCCGGAGCACUUUGGGAGACGCACGCCGCCUGCAGCCGGGCACAGUAUGGAGUACUUCCAGUUAGUGCGGAGGGCGCUGCAGCAGGUCCGUGGACAGGGCGGACUCAUCGGCUCUUUCUGGCAGUUGCUCAGGACAACUGACCUGAAAACUGGUACACUUGUUGGAAUUGACAAGUAUGGCAACAAAUACUUUGAAGACAAGCGUUACUUCUUUGGGCGUCACCGGUGGGUAGACUAUACAGUCGAGAUGAAUGGGAAGUAUACCUACUGGAAUCUGGAUGGAAGUAUGGUACCUCCUGAAUGGCAUCGCUGGCUGCAUUGCAUGACAGAGGAACCCCCAUCUUCUCAUCCUCCUACUACUCAUACAUUUGUAUGGGAGAAUCACAAAAUGAAUAUGAGUGCCACUCCCGAACAGUAUGUUCCAUAUCCAACUACUCGCAAGAAGAUCGAGGAAUGGGUUCCUCCUGCGCCAUCUAAGAAUUAACUGCACGUUGUAGAGAUAUACAGUAUUUAAUAAAAAAUGAUCAGUACUUUCAA